AGUACAAGAACAGAACAGAGGCGUAACCCUGUCGGAGAAGAAGGAAGAUAUAGAGAAUAUGGGAAAUUCGAAUUCGUCUACCGUAAAUCACCGAUUCACUUCGGCUUGCAGAGCAUUUACUCAGAAGAAGCUCGAAGAUCUCAAAUCACUCUUCGUCUCCCUCGCUUCCCAAUCUCAGAGCAAUGACUCUUACGUCUCCUACCCCGUUUUCCAGGCCAACUUUGGUCUGAGUGGUUCGUUAGGAGAGAGGAUGUUUGAUAUGGUGACUCAACACAGGAAAGAUGGUAAAUUGACUUAUGAAGAUCUCGUUAUCGCUAAGGCAACCUACGAGAAAGGAACUGAUGAUGAGAUUGCUGAGUUCAUUUACCAGACCUUAGAUGUCAAUGCCAAUGGCGUCUUGACAAGGUCAGAUUUAGAGUUGGUCCUUGUUGUGGUCUUCAAGAGUGUGUUCUCCACCACUGACAGCUCAACAAGUGAUUACAAGGAGAUGGUGGAUGCACUUCUCAACGCUGCUUCUUUCUCAAAAUCCACUGGUGAUGAUAAAGGAAUGUCCUUUGAGGAUUUUAGAAGCUGGUGCUCGCACGUUCCUACUGUAAGAAAGUUUCUCGGAAGCUUGCUUACACCACCUAGUCCAGCGAGACCUGGAUACCAAGUCCCGCAUCUGCUCUAUGAGGACACUGUGGACUCGAACAUACUUUUGCUAAAGAAAGAAUACGCUUGGCAUAUCGGAGGAGCUCUUCCUCACCACGAGCUUGAAGAGUGGAAGCUCCUGUAUCACAGCUCCUUGCACGGUCAAAGCUUCAACACAUUCCUCGGACACACCUCAAACACUGGUAUGUCUGCGUCGGUGUUAGUCAUCAAAGACAGAGAAGGCUGUGUGUACGGAGGAUACGCCUCUCAGCCUUGGGAGAGGCACAGCGAUUUCUACGGAGACAUGAAGUCUUUUCUUUUCCAGCUUAACCCUGAAGCCUCCAUCUUCCGACCAACUGGAGCAAACACCAACAUUCAAUGGUGUGCUACUAACUUCACGUCAGAGAACAUCCCAAACGGGAUAGGAUUCGGAGGAAAGAUCAACCACUUUGGUCUGUUUAUAUCGUCGAGUUUCGAUCAAGGCCAGACGUUCUCCUGCACGACGUUUGGUAGCCCGAGUCUCUCCAAGACGAGCAGGAUACAGCCAGAAGUGAUAGAAUGCUGGGGGAUAGUUCAGGCCUCAAACGAACUAGACACGCAACAUAACGCUAUCAAAGGUACUGUCCUUGAGAGGUUUAAGGAAGAUCGCAACAUGCUUAAACUAGUCGGCAUGGCUAGUAACUCGAAUGAGUGAGAGAUUCAAAAGAGUGUUCAUUAAUACAAUGCGUGUGCGCGUAAUAUAUACUUCAUGUACCAUAAAGAAUGUUGCAUAAUUAACAUAAAACCAUAUAAUAAAACUGUUUCAUUGAACAAGAAA